CAGACCGGCUAGGAGGAGAAUCGUGGUAACUACAAUACUAGAAAAGGAAGACAGAUUGGAUGGAUAGGAACAAUGAAGUUUUAUUUGCAUACAAAGAUCCCAAUUCCACAGAAUGGUAGCAGAGGAAAGGGUGGCAGAACUCCAGUCCAGGAGCUGUUGAAAAGGCAAGAUGCCCUCCAAAAUAAUCUGUGAGAGAAGCUACCCUGUUGUGACCAGAGGCCUUCAAUGGAGGAGAACUUCACAUCAGCCCCAGUCUGAAUCGCAUAUGGAAAACAUCAAAGGGGAUUUCCAUCCAGCUACAACCUGGUAGCCAGAGGCCACCCAGAUGCCGCAAGAGUUCCCAGGGGCUGAGGCAAGCGAUGCUGGAGAAGGCUUCUUCAGCACUGACGACGAGGGGGCAGAAGGACAAGAUGAAAGCCUGGAGAGGCAAGUGGCUGAGAUGUCAGAAGAGGAGUGCCGAGCAGCGCUUGCCUCCCUCCUUAAGACAAGGGCAGCAGCCAGAAAGAGGCCUGUGGAGGCAGGACCACAGAUGCCUGCCAUCCCGAAAUGACACUGAACUACCAGCACCACCUAAAGAGGAUGAACCAACAUACUCCAAACUACAGACCAGCGAAGAUCCAGAUGGUGAUGAAUCCCUACCUGACUCUGACAAUUUGGACAAGCAAUCCCUGGGUGACUUCACAUUUCCUGCCUCACCAAAAUGUCCAUAUCUUCGCAGCGCCCGGGACAGAGGCCCGCCUCAUUUCGAUUGGAAAGAUGCAUCCGGCAGCUCCAAUUCUGACACCGAUGCUCCGGAUGACAGUGAUGAUGGUGAGUGGCAAUUCCCCAGACGGUCAAAACGCUCCAAUAAAGGGGUGCCACCCAAAAGGUUGGACAUUGGCUGUGUGGCCUCGGUCAACAGCGUUACCAUGGCCCCUAAAACAUACACAGAUGUCCUCCAGCUUCCCGAGGAAGAACAGCGCAGGUGGAGGGUAAUGGAGUGAGAAAUGGACAGUCACAAAAAACUGAAAUUCUUCAUCCCCAUGGAAGUCCCCAAACAGAGGAAGGCAAUUGGCACCCGUUGGGUCUACAAGGUCAAGCCAAUGCCCAAUAACAAACUCCUUUAUAAGGCCCGGCUAGUAGCACAAGGCUACGCACAGCGCUACUUACAGGACUUUGAUGAAACCUACUCACCCACCGUGAGAGCAGAAAGUGUGAGGGCUGCUUUGGUCACCGCAGCAGCACAUGGGGAACACAUUUUUCAAUUCGACAUGCAAACUGCUUAUUUACACGCACAUUUAAAACAAAAAAUUUAUGUCAGAGGUGCCCCCAGAUUCCAGCAGCAGGAAGGCCACACCUGGCUUCUGAAGAAAAGUUUGUACAGCCUCAAACAAUCAGGCAGAAUGUGGUACAAAUGCCUGACUACAACACUCAAAUCACUGGGUUUCCAUCCAUCUCCAGCUGAUAAAUGUACCUUCACAAGGGAUACCAAAGGGGGGGUUGGAGAAAGUCCUAGUGUAUGUCGAUGACCUUUUAUAUAUAGGGCCUGACAAGGGGGGAUGUAAUGUAUUUGCCAAGACUCUACAAAAAAGGUUCACUCUAAAGUCUUUAGGAUAUGUGGACAAGUACCUAGGCAUACAAAUUGUCACUACACCAAAAGGUUUUGCUGUCUCCCAAAAGGAGAAGAUAGAGGAACUUUUGGUGAAAUGUAAAAUGGAAGAUAGCAAGCCAACUGCUAUCCCAAUGCAGACCGACUAUUAUGGUUUGGCACACA